CCACGUACCUAUAUAUAGCUCCAUACCCCACCCCUUGAAUCUCAAAACAUGCAAUUAUCCCUGUUUGGUAUUCGUACUUUCACCCCUUUUGAUACUCAUACCAAAUUUGUAUAGAUCUUAACAAACUUUCUGCAUCUAUCUCCUAUUUUUGUUAAUAGAAGAAUGGCAGAUUCUCCACCAUCAUUGCCAACAACAAGAAAACAAAGUUCAUUUCCACCACCACCAUUGCAAAUUAGGGACAAUAGCCCUCGAAUGUCAGAGUUAAAGAAGAGUCUUUUUCCACCUUCAUUAUCAACUCCAACGUCAAUUAGAACAUCAGUAUUCAAGACACAAAAAUUUAUGUUGUUUUUAGCUUAUGUAUUCACUUUUUUAUUCGUUACAUGUGCUAUAUUUUUUGUCUUCAAUAAUCCUUCCAUCAACCAUUCUUUCAGGAAAGUCCUGAAUAGGAGGUCACAUUUAUCCACAUUUUUCUCUUACUAUUUUCCCUCUAAUCAUCAAAACUCAACUGUUUAUACUCUCCCAUUUACACCUCAGAAACUCAAUGAUUCUUCAAUUACUCAAAAUACAAUUUUUCCUGGCGAACGGAAUGGCUCUGAAAAUGGCUUACAGAGUUCCAUGAAGAAUGAUCAUUUUUCGAGUAAUGAAGGUGAGAAUGCAGAGGUGAGACAUGAAUCUGGUAGUAAAAAAGAAGAGGAAGAGUCACAAAAGGUUAGAAAAAAGCAUGAGGAAGAGUCAAAAAAGGUUAGUAAAAAAGAAGACGAAGACUCGCAUAAGGUUAGAAAAAGACAAGAGGAAGAGGCGCAAAAGAUUGGAAAAAAAAGAGAGGAAGAGUCCCAAAAGGUUAGAAAAAAAGAAGACUCACAAAAGAUUAGAAAAAGACAAGAGGAAGAGGCGCGAAAGGUUAGAAAAAAAAGAGACGAAGACUCGCGAAAGCUUAGAAAAAGACAAGAGGAAGAGGCACAAAAGGUUAGCAAAAAAGAAGAGGAAGAUUCGCAAAAGGUUAGUAAAAGACGAGAAGAAGAGUCACAAAAGGUGAAUAUGUUGUCAAAUUCUAAGAAGAAUGACACAAAGAACGAGGCUUGGUGGGAAGUGAUGAGUCAUUGUGAUGUUUUUGAUGGGAUGUGGGUGAAAGAUGAUGCUAAUCCUUUGUAUGAACCUGGUUAUUGUCCUUUUGUUGAUGAGCCAUUCGAUUGUUAUCGAAAUGGAAGGCCUGAUAAUGGCUAUGAGAAAUUUAGAUGGCAGCCUAAGCACUGUAACAUUCCAAGGUUUGAUGCCAAAGAUAUGUUGGAACUUUUGAGAGGAAAGCGAUUAGUCUAUGUUGGUGACUCGCUGAACAGGAAUAUGUGGGAAUCAAUGGUUUGUUUGCUCAGAAAUUCCGUUGAAGACAAGAGCAGAGUUUUUGAGGUAUCUGGAAGAGAAGAUUUCAAGAAAGAAGGUGCUUAUUCUUUUAUCUUUGCGGAUUAUAAUUGUUCCGUGGAGUUUGUACGUUCUACUUUUCUCGUUCAAGAAUGGGAAAUUCCAGAUGGGAAUGGAUCAACUAAAGAAACGCUUAGAUUAGAUCUGGUAGAAAGGUCAUGUGACAAAUACAAAGGAGCUGACGUCCUUGUCUUUAACACAGGGCACUGGUGGACUCAUGAGAAAACAUCUGAAGGGAAGGGUUAUUAUCAAGAAGGUAGCCAUGUUUAUGGUGAACUAAACGUUGUUGAGGCAUUUCGCAAGGCGAUGACAACAUGGGCAAGAUGGAUUGAAACCAAUGUAGAUCCUGUGAAGACAGAUGUUUUUUUUAGAGGCUAUUCAGUCUCUCAUUUUAGUGGAGGUGAGUGGUAUGCAGGUGGAAAAUGUGAUAGUGACACUGAGCCACUUCAGGAUGAGAAAGAUUUGUCACCUUCCCUGUAUCCUCCAAUAAUGGGAAUGCUCGAGGAUGUGAUAAAGUGGAUGAAAACACCAGUUUACUAUUUGAAUGUUACCAUAAUGUCAGACUUCCGCAAGGAUGGACAUCCAUCGGUAUACAGGCAGCCAAACAUGACAGACGAGGAGAGAAGGACGACGUUAAGGUACCAAGAUUGCAGCCAUUGGUGCCUUCCUGGUGUACCCGACACUUGGAAUGAGCUCCUAUAUGCACAAAUAUUGAUGAAACAUUAUCAAAAACAACAGCAGCAGCAGCAACAGAUAGGUUCUUAGGCAAACAUAGCUAUAGUAUUAUACGGAUAUGAUAUUGUUUCGUGUAAAAUGUCCUGCAUUAGUUGUAGUUUUUCCGGAUGAAAAGACAGAAAUGAAGCUAUUAGCUAAUAGCUACAAAUAAUUCUAUGUGGAACCACUUAUCCAACAGUAAAGUAACAAGUUGCUAUUAUUUACCGUGUUAUAAAAUAUGAGCUUAAAUAUAAUUAUGUACAGAUCCUUUGAAAGAUUGUCCUGUUAAUCGACCAAGUAUUCUCGA